AUGGCCACCGUCUCAGCACCUACCCCUAAGCUGGAUCGCUACGUUGUCAUCCACGUCGCAACCACCUGCGAUGAGCAUGGCGUCUACGUCACCAAAGAUUCUGCAGAGGUGAUCGAAUUGGGGUGGAUUCUGUUGGAUACCAAAACCUGCGAGGAGCUACAUCGCGAAAGUGUUCUCGUCAAGCCCGUCAACACUCCAAUUACGCCUCUUUGCACAAGCCUUACAACUCUGACAUGGGAACACGUCCGCUCAGCAGGUACCUUCCGUGACGCCAUCAACCGUUUCGAUGCCUUUGCCCAGGAACACCUCAUCAGCAAAAAUCUCGAGUUCGCUUUUGUGACGUUGGAUUCGUGGGAUCUCCGAGUGCAGCUGCCCCGUGAGGCUCGUGACAAGGCCGUCGUUCUUCCCCCAUAUCUUCAGCACUCACGGACCUUUGACCUCCGCACCGAGUAUCAGAGAUGGCAAACUCAUCACCCCGAGUCUCUCCCUUUCGGUCCCAGCUCCCUUUCCAACAUCUGCGCUGCGCUUGAAGUUGAACCUGUUCAGUCCUCCGCUCCGAUCAAGCAUAAUCUCCCGUUCCACCUUCAGGCAUUGGCCCCCGCCUCUCCUCGCCGGGCAAUGGAGGAGGCCAUCACUCUGGCUCGCGUUCUCCGCGGCUUGAUCCGCAAGUCUCAGCCGCCGCACGAGCACCCGGAGAUCUUGACUCGACCCAUGGAUGCCAGAGCGGAUGUUCGUGCCUUUUUGACAGAGCGCAGCAAGGUUCUCCAUCUGAGCGGUCUGCCCCACGACACUACCCAGUCGGAAUUGGAAAGCUGGUUCACCCAGUUCGGUGGUCGUCCGAUCGCUUUUUGGACUCUCCGGACACCUGAUCAACAUAAGCCCACUGGCACUGGCUUCGCCGUUUUCUCAUCGCACGAGGAGGCUGCUGAAAGUCUUUGUAUGAACGGCCGUGCCUUGAACGAGAAGGCCAUUGAGGUUUCCCCCUCUUCCAGCCGUGUCCUGGACCGUGCCGCUGAGAUUUUGACUCCUUUCCCCCCAUCCAAAAACCGUCCCAGACCCGGCGAUUGGACCUGCCCCUCCUGUGGCUUCUCCAACUUCCAGCGCCGUACGGCUUGCUUCCGCUGCUCGUUCCCCGCCAUGGCUGCUGCCCCUGACCCGAUGGGUUAUGGAGCCUACGGCUAUGGCCCCCCAUCCAUGGUGCCCUCGCACAUGGGCCAUGGCCAUGGAAUGGGCCACCCUCGUGGUAUGGGUGGUAACGGUGGUGUGGUCCCUUUCCGUGCUGGUGAUUGGAAGUGCGGCUCCGAGGGUUGCGGCUACCACAACUUCGCCAAGAAUAUCAACUGCCUGCGUUGCGGUGCACCUCGCUCAGGGGCUGCAGUUGUCGCUGACUCUGCGUUCCCCUCGCCCAUGGACCCUCCGGCUGGGUUUGGCAUGGGCCCCAACUCGAUGACCAGCACCCCUGCUCCUGGUCCCUUUACUUCGGCCGCCGGUGGAUUUGGUGGUUUCAACCAGCAAUUCGCAGCUCCCCCAAACAACUAUGCUUUGCCUUCAGGUCUUGGUAGCGCCCCUGGGGCCUAUCCACCGAUGGGUCAGAUGAACGCCGGCUAUGGCUCCACCAAUGCCUCGCAUACCACCUCGUCCUUCUCCAACCCUGCCACCCAGGCUGCUUUCAGUGGAGCUGACCACGCCUCCUCGACGAGCGCCUCGAAUGGCGGAUUCUAUGCGACGGACGGCUCAAAUGAUCCCUUUGCCUUCCUUUCGACAGGCUUGGGCGGCUUGACGGUAUCUGACGACGCUCACUCCCGUCGUAAUGGCACUGGCGCCAGCAAGUCCCCUGCUUAA